UCUACAGUGAUAAAGUAUCUCAAUCAAAUUAUUAUUCAUUAAGUUUUAAUCAAAGAUCUUGUGUCACGUUUUGUGAAUAGGUGUAAGAAUACUUUUUUUUUAAUCAAAAUUAACAAUGCUUCUCUUCAAAGGAACAAAUCUGAUUACUUUUAAAAUAUGCAUCGGGGGCACGAUUCUGAAAACGAUGUCAAGAUCUUUGUCAAACGUUACCCUCAAUGAGGUUGUUAUAGCAUCAGCAGUUAGGACCCCCAUGGGUUCUUUUAGAGGAAGUUUAGCGAGUUUGUCUGCAAGUGAACUGGGUGCUGUAGCUGUUAAAGCUGCCAUUGAAAGAGCCGGUAUUCCUAAGGAAGAAGUAAAAGAGGUAUACAUAGGAAAUGUUUGUUCUGCUAAUCUUGGACAAGCCCCUGCAAGGCAAGCUGUCAUUUUUGCAGGCCUUCCUAAAAGCACUAUAUGUACAACAGUAAAUAAAGUUUGUGCUUCUGGUAUGAAGUCAAUAAUGCUAGCAGCGCAAGGCCUUCAGACAGGAGCUCAAGAUGUUAUGUUGGCUGGUGGAAUGGAGUCAAUGUCAAAUGUGCCAUUUUAUUUGAAACGUGGGGAAACCACCUAUGGUGGGCUUCAAUUAGUUGAUGGAAUAGUUUUUGAUGGGCUAACUGAUGUGUACAACAAGUUCCAUAUGGGCAACUGUGCAGAAAACACUGCUAAAAAAUUAGAAAUCUCAAGAAAAGACCAAGAUGAUUAUGCUAUUUCUAGCUAUAAGAGAAGUGCUGCUGCCUAUGAACAAAAGGCUUUUGCUGACGAGUUAGUACCUGUUCCAGUACCUCAAAAACGAGGAGCUCCCCCAGUCAUGUUUGAGGAAGAUGAAGAAUAUAAAAGGGUGAACUUUGAGAAAUUUACAAAAUUGUCUACAGUAUUUCAAAAGGAGAAUGGCACUGUAACUGCUGGCAAUGCUUCAACAUUAAAUGAUGGUGCUGCGGCAUUGGUUUUAAUGACUGCAGAUGCAGCUAAGAGAUUGAAUGUCACACCGAUUGCUAAAGUUGUUGGCUUUGCUGAUGGAGAAUGUGACCCAAUUGAUUUCCCGAUAGCUCCUGCUGUUGCUAUUCCUAAACUGUUAGAAAAAACUGGUGUCAAUAAAGAUGAUGUAGCUUUAUGGGAAAUUAACGAAGCAUUCAGUGUUGUUGCCGUAGCCAAUCAGAAGUUGUUGGGUUUGGACCCAGCGAAGAUUAAUGUUCAUGGCGGUGCUGUUAGUUUAGGACAUCCUAUUGGUAUGUCUGGGGCUCGUAUUGUCGUCCACUUGUGUCAUGCACUGAAGAAAGGUGAAAAGGGUGUAGCAUCAAUUUGUAAUGGUGGUGGUGGUGCGUCUUCUAUUAUGAUUGAAAAAUUACCUGAAGCAAUAAAAAGACCACCCACUUUAACUUUCUACACAAAAGAUCCGUGCCCUUUAUGUGACAUAGCUCUGGAAGAUCUUGAGCCCUUUAGAAACAGGGUAAAAGUAGAAAAAGUUUAUAUAACAGAGAAAGAAAAUCUAAGAUGGUUAAGAUUGUAUAGAAAUGAUAUACCUGUUAUAUUUCUUAAUGGAAAGUUCCUAUGUAUGCACAAAUUGAAUAAAGACUUAUUAGAAAGAAGAUUACAAUUAAUUGAAAAUGAAUAUGAAAUGAAAUAACAUCUAAGUGUAAUUAACAUAACCA